CAAAAAAAAGCAGAGAGAGAAAAAAGGAGAAGUGUCUAUUUCAGCAGGCUGCUACUAAGUGAGAAAGUGGAAGAGGAGCCUGGAGAGGAGACGACGUCUCGCUUGUCUGGGGAGAUUUCCAGGCAAACCCAGUGAAGCAAAGUCCCCCAAACAGGCAGUGAACGGAAAAUGCCACGUUCCUUUUUGGUGAAGAGCAAGAAGGCUCAUACCUAUCAUCAGCCCCGCUUUGUGGAAGAUGACCUGGCUGUGCUCACCUGGGAUCCAGUAACUUCUCCCUUCCCUGCCAGUGGAGACAAGACACCAGAAGACAUCAAGAAACAAGACCUACAACACAUGGUUCCAAAGCAAGAAGAGGACUUAUCUGAACCAAAAGAAGAAAGUGUCCCUGUCCAGUACCUGAGCAGGAUGGUACCAGGCCCUUCAGCUCAAGAGCUGGCCAUCCCAGGUCUGCAGAUGAAGGACUGCACCAACAUGACAAGCACCUUCUACAAACCUGGCUUUUCUUGGGAUGCUUACCACCUGCCAUACAGCUACCAACAGAUGUCUUCCACCAUGCAGUCAGCCCUCCUGGAGCACCCAGUUAGCCUAUAUGGAAGCCACCUCCUGCCAAGUGCUGAGCCUCCUCUGGAUUACAGCAUGCAUUACUCCUCUGACAUGGAGACCUACCACUGUGUGAAGUGCAACAAGGUGUUCUCCACUCCCCAUGGCCUGGAGGUCCACGUCCGAAGGUCCCACAGUGGGACCCGUCCCUUUGCUUGUGAAGUGUGUGGGAAAACCUUUGGGCAUGCUGUGAGCCUGGAGCAGCACACCAACAUUCACUCCCAGGAAAGAAGCUUUGAGUGCAAGAUGUGUGGGAAGACAUUCAAACGUUCCUCCACCCUCUCCACUCACCUCCUGAUCCACUCGGACACGCGGCCCUACCCCUGCCAGUACUGCGGGAAGCGCUUCCACCAGAAGUCAGACAUGAAGAAACACACUUACAUCCACACUGGGGAGAAGCCUCACAAAUGCCAGGUCUGUGGCAAAGCCUUCAGCCAGAGCUCCAACCUGAUCACUCACAGCCGCAAACACACCGGCUUCAAGCCCUUCAGCUGUGAGCUCUGUGCCAAGGGCUUCCAGCGCAAGGUGGAUCUACGGAGGCACCGAGAGACCCAACACAGUCUCAAGUGAAGGAUGGCUCCAGGUUUUUGCUGGAGCUCCCACUGCCACUCCAUGCUCCAGGGAAGAUGACUCUCCCCAGCACCUCCAUCCAAGAUGGGGCUACCCACCUCAAAGCUCAAAGUGUCCUGUGUUCUCCUGGGGACCAGCAAAGUCAUGUCAUUGGCUUUGGUGUUCCAAGACCCCAGGGCCUUACACAUCCCAGCAGCUGAUAAAGAAAGCUCCUGGGACUCUCACUUUUCAAUUACAACAGCUACCAGCCCAGACCUGACAUCACCAGCUCAAGCACAAAUCCAGAGGAAUUACUCCAAGAUCACUAUGACUCUGGAUUUGCAGGUGCAGAAGUCAGUUCAUCAGCCUGACCAGCAGUGAGGUGGGAACUCCUGGGCUAGUGACAGCAACAAUCUGUGCCAAGCUAGUGCUGCAACCAUCCUCUGCUUUAUGGUUAGGGCAGCCUGUGCUCAGUGAGCUGUGUUCCACCUGGACAGGACUUCUGCAGAGACUUGCCCAGGUCAAAAUCUGACAACAGACACCUCAAGUAAUUUUCUUUCAAGCAGAGCAUUUACUGUGAUCAAAUGACAAGUUAACUGUGUUGUAUUUUUAGCUUGGAGUGGGAGGAAAAUACUGAAAAACCAGCUUGUAUCCCUAGCUGGUGCCUGGGGUCUCAACGCAUUCCUCACAUGUGCCAUGCUGCAAAGAUCCCUGGGUUAGUAGCAACCAAGGGAGCUCCAGGAAGAGCCA